AUGGAAGACGCCGAAACUUUGAGCGACACGAACAAGAAGGAGCUCCGUGAAAAAGACCUAAUUGCGAUGUUUAAGAUGGGAAAGAUUCGAUUUAAACUGGUCAGUACGGGUAAGUCGUGGGAUACAGACACAAAGGAGUCAUUACUGGGAUAUAAAAUGAUACUGCAGAAGCAGCUGCCCAGGAUGCCCAAAGAAUACAUCAUCAAACAGAUAUUCAACGAGAAGCAUAGCAACAUACUGUGCUCAAUCGAUGAGAACAUCGUGGGCGGGGUGUGCUACCGACCGUUCUAUGAGCAGAGCUUUGUUGAGCUGGUGUUUCUUGCGAUCGACUCGAGCGUUCAGGUGAACGGACACGGCAGCAUGAUCAUUGAUAUGUUGAAAGAACAUUGCAAACGGGAGAUACAGAACAUUGAAGUAGAUUUCCUUGAUUACCUUUCGUACCCGAAGAGAUUGAUACACCCAGUCUAUCUGAUGGCGUACGCUGAUAACUACGCAAUCGGCUUUUUCAAGAAACAGGGAUUCAGCACGGAAAUCUAUUUCAAGAACUGGAGAGGAUACAUAAAGGACUACGAGGGAGGGACACUCAUGCAAUGCAAGGUCCUAUGGGAGAUAAACUACCUGAACAAAAUAGAAAUCGUGGAGAAGAAGCGCAUGGAGUUCAUCAACAAGAUCAGUCAAUUGUCUUCGUUCAACAUAUUGAGAGAUCCUCCUAGUUUUGCGGAUGUAAAAACUGUCUGGGAUAUUCCUGGUCUCAAGGAGGCAAAGCUAACUGAAGAAAUGCUCAAUCAGACAACUAAAAAGCUUAAAAACGUAUUUCGAUACAUCAUCUCAGAUAUACGGACAGACACGCAUGCAUGGCCAUUCUUGCAGCCUGUCAACGAGAAGGAAGUUCCCGAUUACUAUCAAAUCAUAAAAGCACCCAUGGACAUAUCCAGGAUCGAGCAGAACGUAGAGGAUGAUAAGUAUGACAGCCUAGAAGCGUUUGAACGAGAUUUCGUCCAAAUUUUUAAGAAUUGCUACAUCUACAAUGCACCAUCCACCACAUACUGCAAAUGUGCACAUGUGCUGGAGAAGAGAUUCAAGGAUAGAAUGAAGGAGGUUAAGAAAACGCUAAAUGGAGAUAGGGGUGCAAGAAAAGACAAGGAUGAGAGAGAAGUGCUACCAAAGCUUUACACACAACCGGAGCAUUUUGUGCCAGAGGAAUACGCAAUUCCACCCAUUUCAUUGCCGAAUAGUGACUUUGGUGUCCUCAAAGACACCGUGUUGAGUUCUGUUCAGCUGGAAACACACGGCAAAGCGUACGAGCAAUUGAAGAAAGAAAAGAAGAACGGUUCAAAACAGGAUAUAAAGAAUGUUCAGGUACAGGAAAAUGCCACUAAAAAGAACCGAAACAGACAUAACGAUGAUGAAGAUGAUAGAAAUGAUAAUUUGUUUGACAUUAAUUUCGAAAAUCAUCACUCAGAAGACUUUUUCUAGAGCGCAUGUUAAUUAAAACCUGUCAUAUAUGAUGCGUUUUGUAUAACUGCUAGUUCAGGUGUUCUUUACGCUGCCCUCAAGGACCGCGCUCAGUCCAUAACAAGCAUUGGUAUCGUUUUUGUGUACAAGGAGUGUUUAGGCACAGAUGCAGGUCUCGCAGAUGUAAAAAAU